CAGAGGGCAGGUCACGAGGAACCGGAAGUGUCGCUGUCGCCGCCGCCGCCGCCGAGGCCGAGGCCGGUGCCGCUGCUUCUAAGUGCCGCGUUCGCCGCCUGGGUUGCCACCGGCGCCACCGCCGAGGAAGCUGCUGCAUCCGGGACGGGAGUGGAGGCGGUGCGGCAUGAAGCGGCGCAGGCCUGCUCCGUAACGCGCGUCGGGACGGUCCGGGCGGGGCCAGGGGGAAGGAAAAUGCAACAUGGCAGCAGCAAUGGAAACAGAACAGCUGGGUGUUGAGAUAUUUGAAACUGCAGAGUGUGAGGAGAAUAUUGAAUCACAGGAUCGGCCUAAAUUGGAGCCGUUUUAUGUUGAGCGAUAUUCCUGGAGUCAGCUUAAAAAGCUACUUGCUGAUACCAGAAAAUAUCAUGGCUACAUGAUGGCUAAGGCACCACAUGAUUUUAUGUUCGUGAAGAGGAAUGAUCCAGAUGGGCCUCAUUCAGACAGGAUUUAUUACCUUGCCAUGUCUGGUGAGAACAGAGAAAAUACACUGUUUUAUUCUGAAAUUCCCAAAACCAUCAACAGAGCAGCAGUCUUAAUGCUCUCUUGGAAGCCUCUUCUGGAUCUUUUUCAGAGAGCUUUCUGUGAUAAUUUUGCCUUUUAUAUUUGUCUAGAGCUAGCCAACAUAGAAGAGGAUCCUAGAUCAGCUGGAGUUGCUACCUUUGUUCUUCAAGAAGAAUUUGAUAGAUAUUCUGGCUAUUGGUGGUGUCCAGAAGCUGAAACAACUCCCAGUGGCAGUAAAAUUCUUAGAAUUCUAUAUGAAGAAAAUGAUGAAUCUGAGGUGGAAAUUAUUCAUGUUACAUCCCCUAUGUUGGAAACAAGGAGGGCAGAUUCAUUCCGUUAUCCUAAAACAGGCACAGCAAAUCCUAAAGUCACUUUUAAGAUGUCAGAAAUAAUCAUUGACGCCGAAGGAAGGAUUAUGGAUGUUGUAGAUAAGGAACUAAUUCAACCUUUUGAGGUUCUAUUUGAAGGAGUUGAAUAUAUUGCCAGAGCUGGAUGGACUCCAGAGGGAAAAUAUGCUUGGUCCAUCCUACUAGAUCGCUCCCAAACUCGCCUACAGAUAGUGUUGAUUUCACCUGAAUUAUUUAUCCCAGUAGAAGAUGAUGCCAUGGAAAGGCAAAGACUUACUGAAUCAGUGCCUGACUCAGUGACACCACUGAUUAUCUACGAAGAAACAACAGACAUCUGGAUAAAUAUCCAUGACAUCUUUCAUGUUUUUCCCCAAAGUCAGGAAGAUGAAAUUGAGUUUAUUUUUGCCUCUGAAUGCAAAACAGGUUUCCGUCACUUAUACAAAAUCACAUCCAUUUUAAAGGAGAGCAAAUAUAAACGAUCCAGUGGUGGGCUGCCUGCUCCAAGUGAUUUCAAAUGUCCUGUCAAAGAGGAAAUAGCAAUUACAAGUGGUGAAUGGGAAGUUCUUGGCCGGCAUGGAUCUAAUAUCCAGGUUGAUGAAGUCAGAAGGCUGGUAUAUUUUGAAGGCACCAAAGACUCCCCUUUAGAACAUCACUUGUAUGUGGUCAGUUAUGCAAAUCCUGGAGAGGUGACAAGGCUGACUGACCGUGGCUAUUCCCAUUCUUGCUGCAUCAGCCAGCAUUGUGACUUCUUUAUAAGUAAGUAUAGUAACCAGAAGAAUCCACACUGUGUGUCCCUUUACAAGCUAUCAAGUCCUGAAGAUGACCCAACUAGCAAAACAAAGGAAUUCUGGGCCACCAUUUUGGAUUCAGCAGGUCCUCUUCCUGACUAUACCCCUCCAGAAAUUUUCUCUUUUGAAAGUACUACUGGAUUUACAUUGUAUGGGAUGCUGUACAAGCCUCAUGAUCUACAGCCUGGAAAGAAAUACCCCACUGUACUGUUCAUAUAUGGUGGUCCUCAGGUACAGUUGGUGAAUAAUCGGUUUAAAGGAGUCAAGUAUUUUCGCUUGAAUACCCUAGCCUCUCUAGGUUAUGUGGUUGUGGUGAUAGACAACAGGGGAUCCUGUCACCGAGGGCUUAAAUUUGAAGGCGCCUUUAAAUAUAAAAUGGGUCAAAUAGAAAUUGAUGAUCAGGUGGAAGGGCUCCAGUAUCUAGCUUCUCGGUAUGAUUUCAUUGACUUAGAUCGUGUGGGCAUCCACGGCUGGUCCUAUGGAGGAUACCUCUCCCUGAUGGCAUUAAUGCAGAGGUCAGAUAUCUUCAGGGUUGCUAUUGCUGGGGCCCCAGUCACUCUGUGGAUCUUCUAUGAUACAGGAUACACGGAACGUUAUAUGGGUCACCCUGACCAGAAUGAACAAGGCUAUUACUUAGGAUCCGUGGCCAUGCAGGCAGAAAAGUUCCCCUCUGAACCAAAUCGUUUACUACUCUUACAUGGAUUCUUGGAUGAGAAUGUCCAUUUUGCACAUACCAGUAUAUUACUGAGUUUUUUAGUGAGGGCUGGAAAGCCAUAUGAUUUACAGAUCUAUCCUCAGGAGAGACACAGCAUAAGAGUUCCUGAAUCUGGAGAACAUUAUGAACUGCAUCUUUUGUACUACCUUCAAGAAAACCUUGGAUCACGUAUUGCUGCUCUGAAAGUGAUAUAAUUUUGACCUGUGUAGAACUGUGGUAUACACUGGCUGUUUAACCAAAUGAGGAGGUUUAAUCAAUAGAAAACAAAGAAUUGAUCAUCACCUUUUGGUACCUGCCAAACAUCUCCUGAAAGUAAAUUUGGUGCCAUGCAGGCGUCUACAGCUUAUGGAUAGUAAUCUAAUAACUUAACCAUACACAAACAAAAUUGAAUGAUACAUAUUUCUAAGGGACCCAGAAAUACAAAUACCAUGAGAAUUACUGAAACAAAUAAGACAUUAGCACCAUGUAUCCAGACUACAUUAUUUUCACUUUUAAUAGCAUUAUAAACCUCAUGGAUUUAAUUAGUGUAUUUUUACAGUAUACUUCUGAGUUUGUUAAAAUAUGGUAUUAGUGAUUGGUUUGGUUCAAUUCCAGAAUCUCUGACUAGUUUCAGAUUUGAUAGCACUUAAAUGUAAUUGAAUAGUUUAUGUUUCAUUGCUUGGGGUGUAUCCAGCAUGUUAUAAACUAAUCACUAUUAAACCUAACUUAACCAGUCAUUAAUGAUUUUUCAAGGAUAACUUAGUGGCCUCCUAAAGACACUUAUUUUGGCUCUGACCAGUUUUUAGCCAAUUUAAACUGUAUCUAGUAUAAAUAAUUCUCAUUUUUCUUUGAUGACAUGACAGAGUGGGUUUUUCCUUAUGCAUAAAGGCAAGUAACUGUAUAUGUAGCAUGAAUUUAAUUAGUCUUAUGAUAUUGAUAAUUACAGGCAGAAAAAUUUGAUUAGAGCUUAAAUAUUUGCAGGCAAGUUUCUUUUUUUCUUUUAGGAAAAAGAAAAAGUACACAUUCACCUUUAUUCUUCAGAAAAUUUUAGUGGUGCCAGUUUCCAUUCAAUAUUUCCUUAUUAAAAUGUUCCAGAGUUUCAGGGAGGUUGAAGUUCUGGGAUCGCAGUGGGGUGGGGGAGACCAGGGUGUGGGAAAUGACAGGGAGAAGAGGUGGUGGGGGUCUGCUUAAGAACUAAGCAGAGUAGUUUUAACAAAAAUACUCAUGAAAAAGUUUGGGAAGUGAAAUUUAAACUCCUAGAAUGUUAAGGAAACCAAAAUUAAGAAAUCACUCUGUUGCCAUCACAGCUGCAAACUAACAUUAUUCAGGGGAGGAAAAGUUCCUUAGAGUUGCUAUUAUAAUUCUAAUUUUUUUUAUUUUUUCCUUUUAAUUUUAGAAACCUUGCAAAUUUAAGCUUUACCCUUUUUAAAUUAUUUGACAUAAUUUAGAUACUAUGAGCUUAAAAUAAAAAGGUUUACAGACAACUUCUUUCAUAAGCUAAUCCCCAGCAAGCUACGGCUCUCUUUUUCAGUGCUUAAAGCCUAUAAAUAGUUUUCUUGAGUGGCCAUGACAUUUUCUUGCUUUAGUCCUAGCACUUGACUGUGAAGAGAGCUCACAGGAUUUCAGGUGCUAAUUGGGAUCUGCCUUGAUAGGGGUCUUGGGGUGCUAGAUGGGUCAUAUUGGCACCAGUGGCAGAGAAGGCAUCUAUGAGUUUGACCCUUUUUAUCACAAGCUUCAGUGUUCAGAAAGUUAUUGUUACCAAUACUUUUAAACAACAAAGAAAAAUUGCUGUUUCUUUCUCAUCACUACAGAGUGGAUUUCUCCCAUAGUGAGCACAGCCGCCAUUAGUAAGGAUGGUGACUGUGCAUCAGAGGUGUGGAUUUCAUCAUUUAGGGCCAGGUGGGAGGUGGGAAAGGCCCAGAAAUGGCAGGGUGACCUCAUGGUUCUGUCCUUGGGAAGGAGAUUAGAUUUUGUUGUUUGUAUUUAUACUGUAUAAUAGAUACCACACUUUUUCUUAUUGUCUGUGUAUGUAUUGAUUUUCAUGUUUAUGAUAUUUUCCCAUGCCAAAAUUUGUUUAUAUUUUUUCAAUGUUAAAUUAAAUUGAUUUGGGUAA